AUGAAUGCACGCAAAAGACGCCGAGCCGGGGAAGCAAGCUUGGCAGAAAUAUAUCGGGACCCAAUACCAUUACCGGACACCUUCACAACAAUUUGGUCGAGCGAGGGCACUAUGGGGGGCAGGUUAUAUUAUGCUACCGUUCUAUCGGCUGGGGCAUGGGACGAUGAAACCUCUUGGGCGCCUCAAGAUGACAACACAUAUGCUUUGAUGCCGGAUGGUGUUGGCUAUGACCUCGCUGUUGAAGGCGAUUUCAUGAACAACGAGGACGAGGAGGAAAUGGCGGAUGGUACAGAAAGUGGGAAUCAGGGUUCUGGGCCUCAGUCAACGCCAACUGUGACGGUUAACAACAACAACAACACUACUGCUUCCCGGAAUAAGGCGAAACGAAGUCUUGUUUCAAUUGUGUUGCUCGAGAAGAAGAAAUACCAGGCCAAGCAGAGCACAGAUGUAGGGAGUGCUUGUCGCCCGAUCUUACGUGUUGUGAAUGUUGCGUUAGACGACACAGGCUUAAUCUAUUCCAUCGAAUCGAAGUUUUUAUAUACUGUAAUGAUUUGUCUCGACGCCAAUUUCCGAUUAAAAAACCAAAUGGUAUCAAAUUAUUCACAGGAUCCUGGGCUUGGCUUGGGUCUCGCAUACAUGAUCCACCGAACAAAAUACGAGGAGUAUGUAAAGAGUAGAGCGAAUGAGAAAGACAUCAGUACCUGUGUGGGAUUCCAGGCCCUUGCAAAGGCAAAUAGCAAGUUUUCAAAGGGUCUGAGAUAUACUGGAGUGGGAAUGGGUGUAUGCGGCAGAUCAGAAAUGAUUUUGGGAGUUGGAAAUCUUCAUAAGGGUGAACGUUACGCCAACAUGGAUUAUAUCUUUGGGACAAUUCUGAAAGCGCUAUCUGUCAUAUCUAUUCUCGCAAGCUACGAUAUUGCCUGCCAGUGGUUCCUCAACCUUCUGAAAAGAAUGCAGGAAGAUUGGCCACCGGAAAUUAAACCUUCGUCCGACAUGCAGUUUACGCCCGCAAUCCCAAAACUGCAUGCAUCGAUGCAUAAACAAUCCCAUGCCAACCACGACGUCUUUUCUUUGAAUCUUAUCCCUGGGGCUGGUCAAUCCGAUGGAGAAUGCCCUGAACGGGUAUGGGGCCCACAUAAUGCUGUUGGAAAUGCGACGAAAACGAUGGGUCCUGGUUCUAGACAAGACACGCUUGACGACCACUUUGGAUUUUGGAAUUGGUUGAAGUACACAUCCAUGGGUACAACUCUACUUAAAAGAUACCGUCGGGCGGUUGCAGAUUGA